AUGGCAUCAAAUCUCCUGGGCGAGACCGUCCUUCUCUUUGGGUCACAGUCACUCUCUUUUGAUGCUAAUGCAUUCAAUGCGAUCCGAUCAACUCUGGAGAAAGAGCAAGAUUUGAGAUGGAUUCGCCACACCGCUGCAGAUCUCCCCAACGCAUUGAGCAUUGCUCUUCAGUAUUGCCCAAGUCUCAAAGACCGGGGCGUAUGGGCUUCCUCGCUUGUGCAAGAAUUGAAAGACUGGUUUGACUCCGGUGCCUCCCAACCGACUUCUCUGGAUCAGUCAAAAUUGCCCAAUGUCAUUCUCACCCCGCUUGUUGUCAUAUCACAUUUAUGCCAAUACAUCAAAUAUGUCAAUUUCGCAAACCAAGGGCAUGAUGAUGAUAGUUUAUGUUUACAACAACCGGAGACAUACGAGACCUUGGGACUGUGCACGGGGCUUCUCAGCUCCCUGGCAGUAUCGAGCAGUCGAACGAGAUGGCAGCUGGAGAAGUAUGGAACAGUGGCCAUCCGACUGGCUAUGUUGAUAGGCCUUGUUGUCGAUGCUCGAGAUCAAUCAACGUCGCAUGGUCCAUCCAAAUCAAUCGCCACUAUGUGGCACUCGGAAGAGCAGAGGGACAAAAUGUUGGAGAUUUUGGCUAGUGAUCCAGAGAUGUAUAUCUCGGUCUACUACGAUAAAAAUCGAGCGACCAUAACAACACCAGCCGCCAAAUCUGCGGCGAUCCAGAAAGUCCUAGCGUCAGCUGGACUGACAACGACAGAAAUUGGCCUCCGAGGACGAUUUCACUGGAGCGGCCAUGCAGCGGAGAUCGAGGAGCUGAUCAAACUAUGUGAACACGACGAGCGAUUCCAAUUUGCCGAGAAGACCGCUCUCGCUCUUCCAAACAGGUCCUUCAACGUUGAAAACCAUGCUCAUGAAUGGCCAUUACAUGCGAUGGCUUUACGAUCAAUCUUAGGGGAUCCGCCAUUAUGGGCAGACACAAUUGAUGCAGUCUAUGCAUCUACGUUGAUCAGCUCAUCAGCCAAGGUCGUUUCAUUCGGUUCAGAAAGAUGUUUACCACCGAGUAUCUUACAGAAUCUGGAGUCGCGUGUAUUUUACAUGGACUAUGCUGACAAGAAGCUUAUACCCUGUCCAAAGAGCGACGAUAUCGCAGUAGUUGGGAUGUCAGUCAAAGUCGCUGGUGCAGAUGACCUAGAAGAGUUCUGGGAUAUCCUCUGCAAGGGUGUUUCGCAACACAAAGAGGUACCACCGGAGCGCUUCACCUUUGACACAGUUUAUCGCCAGCUUGACCCGAAAGCCAAGUGGUACGCGAACUUUAUCAAUGAACCUGAUAUAUUUGAUCACAAAUUCUUUAAAAAGUCGCCAAGAGAGGCCGAGUCCAUGGACCCGCAGCAGCGUUUGCUACUACAGAUCGCCUACCAGGCGUUGGAGAAAGGGGGAUAUUUUCAUCAUUCUUCUUCAGAUAAGCGGAUUGGAUGCUACAUGGGGGUGUGUGCUGUGGACUACGAGAACAAUCUUGCUUGUCAUGCGCCGAACGCCUUCACCGCUACGAGCCACUUGCGCGGAUUCAUUGCGGGCAAAGUCAGCCACUACUUUGGUUGGACAGGGCCUGCCUUGACCAUCGAUACUGCAUGUUCGUCAUCGGCAGUCGCGGUACAUCAGGCUUGUCGGGCAAUCCUCAAUGAUGAAUGCACAGCGGCUCUUGCGGGUGGAACUCAGAUCCUAACGAGUCCGCUGUGGUUCCAGAACUUAGCGGGCGCGUCCUUCCUGAGCAAGACGGGCCAGUGCAAACCUUUCGACAGUAAGGCCGAUGGUUACUGUCGCGGCGAGGGCGUGGCGGCAGUUUUCCUGAAGAAAAUGAGCACCGCCCUUGCUGAUGGAGACCAGAUUCUCGGUGUCAUCGCCGGGACUGCUGUGCAACAGAACGAGAACUGCACACCAAUCGUAGUCCCAAAUCAGCAAUCAUUGUCAGAAGUGUUUGGGUCAGUCAUUGAGAAGGCUCAUUUGCAGCCCGAGCAGAUCAGCGUCGUCGAGGCCCACGGUACGGGUACAUCGGUUGGCGACCCCGUGGAGUAUUCGAGCAUCCGUGCUUCACUUGAUGGGCCUAAAAGGACCCAAAAGAUAUUCCUUGGCUCGGUAAAAGGUCUCCUGGGGCACUGCGAGUCUGCUUCUGGGAUCAUCUCUCUUGUCAAGAUUCUACUCAUGCUCCAGAAGGGGAUGAUACCACCGCAAGCCAGCUUUGAUACCUUGAAUCCAGCGAUCAAAGCAGCGCCCUCGGAUAAAAUUCAGAUUCCCCGUCAGAUUACUAGAUGGGAUGUGCCUUUCCGAGUUGCAUUGAUCAACAACUAUGGUGCAUCCGGCUCAAACGCCUCAAUGGUGGUCAAGCAGGCGCCGCGAGCCAAUUCGGCCGUCCAGCCCGUCACUGGGGCAGAGCGAGUACCUUUCUGGUUUAGUGCGCUGAAUGGAAAAAGCCUCCAAGCAUAUUUAGCGGAAAUUUGGAAGUUCCUCGACGCGAAUUCUGAUCAGCUAUCUUUGCAAGACCUGGGAUUCAAUGUUUCACGCCAGUCCAAUCGAUCCCUCCCUUGCAGACUCCUGUUCACCUGUCAGUCUACCAGGGAGCUCCGGCAGCACUUGGUGGAAUAUCAGAAGGACAACCAUCAAAUAUCUUCAAAUGCAUGCCCCAAGCCUCGACCACUAGUGCUUUGUUUUGGUGGGCAAGUGUCCAAAUUCAUUGGGCUGAACCGUCAAACCUACGAGGAUGUUGCUGUCCUACGCAGACACCUUAAUACAUGCAAUCGUCGCUGUCUCGCUCUGGGGAUCGGAAGCAUCUACCCUGCCCUCUUCCAGAAAACUCCGAUUGAUGAUAUCGUCAAACUACAGACAUGUCUGUUUGCCAUGCAGUAUGCAUGUGCCAAGGGCUGGAUUGAUGUUGGUGCGCAGCCUGUUGCUGUGUUAGGACACAGCUUUGGGGAACUCACUGCGCUCUGUAUUUCUGGAGUAUUGUCUCUGGAUGAUGCUCUGAGUAUGGUCGCCGCUCGUGCUCAGGUGAUCAAAGAUGCGUGGGGGCCUGAUAGAGGAUGCAUGAUGGCAUUGGAAGCAGAUUUGGAUGUUGUGCAGAAAUUGUUAGUGCAAGCUAAUGCCAAUCUUCCCCAAGGCGAGUCUGCAGAGAUCGCAUGCUAUAAUGGACCCAGAAGCUUUACAGUUGCUGGAUCGACGCGGGCGAUUGAAGAGGUUGAUGCAUCUCGAAAGGGGAGUGCAAGCUUUGGGGCGGUGAAAGCUAAGAGACUGGAAGUUACCAAUGCCUUCCAUUCAACUCUCGUCGAGCCACUCCGAAAAAAGUUGGAUGAAGCAACUAGCGGAUUGAAUUUCCGAGAGUCGCCUACAAUUCACUUGGAGCCCGCUACUGAGACACUCCAAGGAAAGCUCAUAGAAAAUCCGACCUCGUAUGUUGCAGACCAUAUGCGGCGGCCCGUCUUUUUCCAUCAUGCGCUGCAAAGAGUGGAUCGUGCGUUCCCUAAUGCAAUCUAUCUCGAAGCUGGCUCCGGAUCCACCAUCACGAACAUGGCCAGCCGAGCUCUUGGCGGCUCGGGAGGAAGGCAUUUCCAGGCCAUGAGCAUCACCACAGACAAAUGGUUGGAUAAUCUGGUCGACGCAACUAUGAGCCUGUGGAAUGCUGGCCUGAAUGUUCUUUUCUGGAAGCACGCUUUCGUUGAAACGGACAAUUAUGUGCCCCUACUGCUGCCACCGUAUCAGUUUGAAAAGUCUCGACAUUGGCUUGAGCUCAAGGAGCCGCCGAAGACGGAGGUGAUCGCAGCGGUUUCACGGGCAGAUGGACAGCGACCUGAGAAAUUGCCCGAUACAAUUCUGAGCUUCGUGAGAUAUCAGGACUCCCAGAAAUCACACGCACUUUUCAGGGUCAAUACUGAGCUUCCCGAGUAUCAGGAGCUCAUGAAGGCACAUCUCAUCGUAUAUACUGCACCUAUCUGCCCAGCAACCGUUCAGAUGGACAUUGCCAUUGAAGGUCUGAAGAUGUUGGUUCCAAAUUUGGGGUCCGACUUUCAGCCGCAAAUUCAUCAGGUCGACAACAAAACGCCCAUCUGCUCCGACAAGAUGCAGUCUGUGUGGCUUGAUAUGACACUUGACGGGUCAAACAAAAACAGCUGGCGCUUCCGAUUCUUCGGCGCAAAGCUUGACCAUGGUGAGCUGCCUUCGAAAAAGCAAACUGAGAGCGGAGUGACUUUUACCACUGGAGCUCUGGUGGUUGUCCCGAUGGAAGACGAGCAGACCCGACUUGAUUUCAAGCGCUAUGAGCGUCUCAUUGGCCAUGAGCGCUGCGUCCAUUUGCUGCAAAACACAGAAGCUGAGGAGAUACUACAAGGACGCACCAUCUACAAGACCUUUGCAGACAUUGUGAACUAUGGUAAACAAUACAGAGGACUUCAGAGAUUGAUUGGUAAAGGGUCUAACUCUGCGGGACGUGUUGUGCGUUCCUACAAUCCCAAGACUUGGUUUGACGCGCAUCUUUCCGAUGCGUACGCCCAGGUUGUCGGCAUCUGGUUGAAUUGCAUGACGGAACACGAUACAGCUGACAUAUAUGUAGCCCGAGGGUUCGAGAAAUGGAUGCGUUCGCCAGACCUGCAGCAGAUCAAUCGUCCCGACAGCUAUGAUGUUCUAGCAUACCACCAGGGACCCGACAAGGGCUCCUGCCUGUCUGACAUCUUUGUCUUCCAUCCACUGACCGGUCAGCUUGUUGAGGCAAUUCUGGGCUUCCAGUUUAUCAAAGUUCCGCGCAACGGGUUGGCAAAGCUACUGACAAAGUUGACCCGUGAUGAGACAGCAUUGGCCACCAACCCUCAGGUCAUGGGACCUGCACCACCGACGCCUUUAGCACAACUUGAAACUACCCAAGUACCUAUAUCCAAGCCACCAGCCGCAGGGGAGGGCCAAAAGCGCCCACUACCACCAAAGCCUGAUGUUUUGCCAAAGCUUGCUUUGAUUCUGGCAGAUCUCGUAGGGCUCGAACCGGGAGAAAUAAAUAUCAACAGCGAGUUGGCUGACAUUGGCGUCGACUCUUUGAUGGCUAUGGAAGUUGUAACAGAGAUUGAGCGUGUAUUCUCGUGCUCAGUCUCCUUGGAUGAUGUGGCCGAUGUUACCAAUAUGAGGCAGCUUGUCCGUACUGUGGAAUCUAUCGUGGGCACAGGAGCCAGCGAAGCUAGCAACUCGUCUUCAGAUAACGAAGAUGAGGCCUGCUCGCCAUCUCUUGGAGGAACGGAGCUGACUGAUGUGUCUGCCAAUCCUGCACUUGAUUCUUCUGUGCUGAUUAGUUUUUUUGCUGAAAGCCUGGGCAUUGAUGCUAGCGAAAUAUCUGAGAAUGUUCCACUCAAAGAGCUUGGAAUGGACUCGUUGCUCUCCAUGGAGGUGGGAGGCGAGUUAGUGGAGAAAUUUGGUUUGGAUCUAGACAAGUCUACAAUCCUUGAAGACAUGUCAAUCAGUGAUCUACUCCAGACCGCACCUGGAGCUUCUGCCCCGGUUGUUCCUGAAUCUUCUCCCGCUCCUGCGGAGCAAGCUUUGUCUGCGAACGGCUCAACCUUUGAUGAUGCCCCAUCUUUCGAUUUUUCAAUCGAGAAUAUCCUGGCUUCCUUCCAAGAGACAAAGGAAGCGAGUGAUAGCUUCAUAACUGGCGCUGGAUGCAGCGGCUAUGUUGAACAGGUAUUGCCGGGGCAAACCCAAUUGUGUGCUCUGCAUACUUUAGAGGCCUUCGAGAAAAUGGGGUCCUCGAUUCGUGCUCUGAGGGCUGGUGAUACCAUGACUCUCUUCACUCCUCGGCCUGAGCAUGUCUCACUCGUUGCACGUUUAACAGAGAUGUUGGAGACCCAGACUGGAUUGAUCAAGGUAGUCGAUGGGCCAGGCCUCACCAUUGAGCGGACGCAAACUCCAUACCCGAGCAUAUCCAGCGCAGAUCUAAUGCAGCAGAUGCGUCAGAAGCACCCACAAUACCAAAAUGUGAAUGAGCUCAUCUUCUACGUUGGCUGUAAUCUCGACCGAGCGCUGCGCGGUGAAACUGAUGGCAUCAAAUUGAUUUUCGGCUGCACGCAAGGCCGCGAGCUUGUAUCCGGCCUAUACGGUGACUGGAUCAUGAACAUUUGUUAUUACCGACAAAUGCAAGAUUUUCUGACCCGGUUGGCUGCCGUCAUGCCCCCAAGUGGGCCGCUACGGAUUGUGGAGAUGGGUGCUGGCACAGGGGGCACGUCGAAAUGGCUUUUACCCCUGUUGGCUCAACUUGGCCACCCUGUCGAAUAUACAUUUACCGACCUGGCACCAUCCCUUGUGGCGGGUGCACGAAAAACAUUCAAACAAUUUGCGUCUUUUAUGAAAUUCCGAGCCCUCGAUAUUGAGCAAGAGCCUGCCGAGGAUUUGAUCGGCACACAGCAUAUGGUUGUGGCCAGUAAUGCUGUGCAUGCCACUGUCAGUCUGGUAGGCUCGGCAAAGAAGUUGAGGAAGUAUUUAAGACCAAAUGGCCUUCUCAUGAUGCUAGAGAUGGUUGAGCCUCUGUAUUGGAUUGACAUGAUCUUCGGUCUAUUUGAGGGUUGGUGGCUCUUCGCAGACGGCCGCAGUCAUGCAUUAACUCCGCCUGCACGUUGGAAGACAGACCUGCAGGCUGCCGGUUUCGGAUUUGUGGACUGGUCAGAUGGAAUUUUGCCAGAGAACAGCAUUAACAAGGUCAUCAUUGCCGUCGCCUGCGAGCCGGAUUCAGUCGAAGCCAUCAGCAGCCUCGCAGACCGAAAAGCUGCCGUGGAAGGCUUUGUCCACAAAUACACAGGUGGGAUCGAUCUUUCGGUACCAGCUUUGAAAGUCAAUCGAGAGCCACUUGGGCAUGGCGUCGUUAUCACAGGGGGAACGGGAAGUGUUGGGGCCCAUGUUGUUGCACAGCUGGUGCAGCAACCUUCUGUCACUAAGGUGAUUUGUCUAAACCGACGCAGCAAGCUAAAUGGCCGCCAAAGACAACUAGACUCCCUCGCCGAUAAAUGCUUACUACUAUCGGAUGAAAGCCUCUCCAAGAUUCUGGUCAUUGAUACUGAUCUCGCUAAGCCCCAGUUUGGCCUGUCGCCGGAAGUGUACAACUCUCUGCUUGAGCCGACCACACACAUCAUCCACAAUGCCUGGGCGAUGAGCAUCAAACGUCCAGUACAGGGAUUUGAGGCACAAUUUCGCAUCAUGCGCAAUCUGAUUGAGUUUGCACGCGACAUAUCAUCUCUGGGUGGCCCCCCUUUAAGCUUCCAGUUCAUAUCCUCUAUUGCGACGGUGGGCCAAUAUCCGAUCUGGAAGCAGGAGAUCCGUGUCCCCGAAUGUCGCCUGCCCCUCGAUGCGGUCCUUCCAAUUGGAUACGGUGAUGCCAAGCAUGUUUGUGAGCUCAUGCUCGAUGAGACACUGCACAGAUACCCUCAACGAUUCCGCACAUCGACGGUUCGACUGGGGCAGGUAGGUGGAUCAAAGAUUUCCGGCUACUGGAACCCAGUCGAACAUUUGUCCUUUCUCUUCAAAUCAUCACAGACCAUCCAGCAACUCCCUGAUCUACAUGGAACUCUCUCCUGGACCCCUGUAGAUGAUGUUGCCAGGACUCUCGUUGAUCUCCUUUUCGUCAAGACUCCUUAUCCCGUUUAUCACAUCGAAAAUCCGGUCGGCCAACCAUGGAAAGAGAUGCUUCCCAUUCUCGCCGAAGGCCUGGGUAUUCCACAGGACAACCGCUUGCCCUUGAAGGAGUGGCUUGUUCGUGUACGCGACUUCCCGGAAGAUUCAUUGGACAAGGAUAAAAAUCCAGCCACUGCACUCGUCGAUUUCUUAGGUCGGUAUUUUGAGCGCAUGUCCGUUGGUGGAUUGCUGCUGGAUACUACGAAAAGCCGAGAGCAUUCGCCUUCUCUCCAAGCUGUUGGGCCGAUAACUCCUGAUCUUGCGCGAAAGUUUAUCUCGUACUGGAGGAGUAUUUCUUUCAUCAUCUAG